AUGGCUCUCAUCAGCACUCCAGUGACUCAGAUGCUUCGCAUUGACCAUCCUGUUCUGCUUGCGGGGAUGGGCCACACUGCCGGCUCUGACCUAGUUGCUGCCGUCUCAAACGCGGGGGGCCUGGGUGUCCUCGGUGGCUUGGGUUAUACGCCAAAGAUGCUCCGCGACGCCAUUCAGGAGGUAAAAGCUAAGCUACGAAACCCGGAUCUACCCUUUGGUGUGGAUCUUUUGCUUCCCCAGGUCGGGGGCUCAGCGCGGAAGACCAACAAAGAUUACACCAAGGGCGCACUUAAUCAGUUGAUUGACGUGAUCAUUGAUGAGAAAGCGGCGCUUUUUGUUUCGGCCGUAGGGAUUCCUCCCAAAGAAGUGGUUGAUCGGCUUCAUGAAGCUGGUAUACUCUAUAUGAAUAUGGUCGGCCACCCAAAGCACGUCCAUAAAGCCUGCGAAGCAGGUGCUGACCUUGUCUGCGCCCAAGGUGGCGAGGCAGGGGGCCAUACGGGCGAAAUUCCGACUAGUGUGCUGAUUCCUGCAUGCGCAGAUGCUUGCCAACAAUAUCAGUCUCCUCUAGCAGGAGGGGUUGUCCAGCUCGUUGCAGCGGGUGGCAUCUUCGACGGCCGAGGAAUUGCUGCUGCACUGAUGAUGGGUGCUAGCGCGGUGUGGGUUGGCACACGUUUCGUUGCGGCCCGUGAGUCUGCUGCUCCCAAGCUGGGGAAGAAAGCUAUUAUCGACGCUGGCUUUCAAGAUACUAUGAGAAGCACGUUAUGGACGGGUCGUCCGCUAAGGGCUCUUGCAACGCCAUUUAUCCGGGACUGGGAACUCAACCGUCGCAGUGAAAUCGAGAAACUCCAGGGGCAAGGGUUGAUCGUGUUGGACUAUGAGCUGGAUAGACUGGAAAGAGAAGGUAAGCUGACAGAUGAGAUCGAGGACCUCACUACACAAAGGCCAAUGGGCUGCGGGGCUGCAAUGGUCACCCAGGAGGAUCAGUCAGCCAAAGAGAUUGUGCUGGAGAUGGUGGUUGAGGCCUUUCAGCUGUUGAGAGGAGCACAGAAAUAUGUGCAGGCAAAAAUUUGA